AUGUUCGACAAAACAGGUCUACGCAACCUGAAAGGAGCGCCGUUGGUGGCAGCCAUCACCUCGGUAUGCUCCUCAUCAUUCUUGUUAUUUGGAUAUGAUCAAGGUGUCAUGUCGGGGGUGGUCAUUUCCGAUUACUGGCUGUCAGAAAUGGGGAAUCCCAGUACAGUCAUGACUGGCACCAUCACUGCUCUAUAUGAUGUUGGAGCAGUAUUUGGAGCAAUCUUAGCUGCAUUGACUGUCGAGCGUCUUGGCCGGAAGGGUGGAUUAAUGAUUGGCGCCGCUCUAAUUGUCAUUGGUUCUGCACUGAUGGGUGGCUGCAUGGAGAGAGUGCAAAUGAUGGUAGGGAGAAUCAUUACUGGCCUAGGUAUUGGCUUCUUAACGUCUGUUGCACCUGUCUACCAAAGCGAGAUAUGUCUACCCAGUCAACGAGGAUGGCAUCUAUCUUGUCAGCUGACAACAAUGCUGUUUGGCUUGAUGUUGGCGUAUUGGAUCAACUAUGCGUUUUAUUUCCAACCUGGUCAAAUUCAGUGGCGGUUUCCAUUGGCGUUUCAAGCUGUCUUCGCCAUCUAUGUGCUGAUUGUUACACCUUUUCUGCCGGACACCCCGCGUUGGCUCAUGCUUCACGAGUCUUCCCCAGAGCAAGGCAUCACGGUCCUUGCAAAGUUACGUAAUAAGUCAGAGGACGACCCAGUUGUUCAGAAUGAAAAGACAGAUAUCAUGACGGCUAUCAAUAUUGAAGCAGAAGAGGAAACUUCUUGGAAAUCCUUGUUCACAGACGGGGGUUGCGGUACAAACAAGCGGUUUUUCCUGGCCCUCGGAAUCCAGUUCAUGCAACAGACUUCGGGUGAAGCCACUUAUACCGUUGUCAGUAUCAACAUUGUUAGCUACUAUGCACCAACGCUAUUUAAAGAGAGCCUGGGGAUGUCUCAGGAACGGGCGUUGUUUGUGGGCUGCUUUCUUCAAUUGUGGUACAUCUUGGCCUCUUUACUCACGGUACGAUCGAAAUUCAGAGUCCAAAUUAAGUACCAAGCUAACAAAUACCAGUGGUACAUGAUUGACGCAGUUGGAAGAAGACGUCUGCUUAUCAGCAUGGCAAUAGGAAUGUGCGUUGUCUUGAUCUGCGAGGCUAUCACUGUCGCCAUCGGCACCGAGCAAUCUGGGAUCGCAGCAGUAUUCUUCGUGUUUGCAUUCGAAGCUUGCUUCACAUGGGGCUGGAUGGCCACAGUCUGGGUAUACCCAGCUGAGAUUCUCCCACUAAAAAUCCGAUCCAAAGGAGCCGCGCUAGCAGCUGCAGCCGAUUUUUUGGGAAAUUUCAUCGUCGUGGAGAUCACACCACCAGCCCUCGAAAACAUUGGUUAUAAGACCUAUAUCAUUUUCGCAUUGUUUAAUCUCGUCGCAGCGAUUAUCGUCUACUGCUUCUACCCCGAGACGUCUUAUCUUAACCUAGAAUCCGUCGAUCUUCUUUUCUUGCCAGACGAGCAUCGGGACCAGGAGGUUGAGUCGAAGCAAAAGUUCUACCACAAGGCCAUUCAAUGGAACGUCGUUCCUAGGGCACGAUUGGCUGUUAAUGAGGCUAAAGCUAAGAAGAGGGCUGGCCUGGCCGAGACUAUGGGUGACGUUGAACCCGACAUAAAGCAAGGUAGAGGACUCGAGCACGUCGAAUUCAAGAGGUGA